AUGGAUCACGACAAAUCUGGACACGGCGUCGACUGGCGUCGAUUGGCGUCAAAACGUCAUAGCUUUACUUCGGCAUAGAGCUGCUGUUUAUCGCCUUUAUUUAUUCAGUACUAUAUAUACUUAACAUGAAUUCAGAAAGGCAAUUUCUGGCGAAUUUUCUCACGCUGUCCAUUAUUUUUGCCACCCCAAACCGCGUAAUUUCUAAUCCCUGUACACGCAAGUACGCCACAGCAUACCUAUUUUUACCAUUUGCAGCAUAUAUUCACUCAUAAUAAUUGAUUAUUUUUCUUUGGAGUUCAAAUCUAUUUUUAAUAAAAUUCAGGAUGACAUUAUUUCCGUUUUCAUGAAACUUUUAUACAAGUUUAUAAUGGCCAGGAAUCUUAAGUCACUUAAAAUGUCUUUGCAUAAUUCAAAUGAAAAAGAUACACCUUGUGUCUAAUUUGAGCGCUUGUUUUACCGUGCAUGUUUGAAUAAAUUUCCCACAUCAAUUAUAAACGAUAGCGAAAAAACUGUGGCUGUGUUUCGGCUAAAUUUACAAGCUCCCACUUAUAAGAUUAGUCGUAUACGAUUCUUAUUCUGGUGUAUAGACUAUAGUGCAAUCGAAUAAACAUGCCUAUAAGAAAAUUUCGCCAUUAACUGAAGGAAGAGGAAUUGUGGCAUCAGCAAUAACUUCCAUGUACAUAUCUGAUUUAAAGUAACGAGAAGCGUUUGCAAUUGACAUCAGGUGUUAAACAGAUUAAAAUUAAAGCCAGUUAAUAAUUUUCUUUUCAGAUAUUCGUAACAAACUCGAUGAAUCCACCAAUCCAUGUGAUGAUUUCUACCAGUACAGUUGUGGGGGAUUCUUAAACAAAACUCAUCUACUUGACGGUAAACCGUACUUGAAUUCAUUCAGUGUAGCAGAGGAUUUCGUUCAAAAUGCCUUGAAAGAGAUAUUACAAAAUGAUAACUUGAUGUCAGAUUACUCAGAGGUACUGUAAUUUAUUAUACUGUAACUUACUGUUAUUCAUAACAUUGGACAAAAAAGUGAUCAAAUGUUGUACAUAAGAACCAGUGUAUUAUGGGCCACCAUGCAGGCUGAAAUACAGGCAGUUAUUAAGCACCCAACAUUCAAGAACCACUUCUGUCUUCAAUGGAAAAGUUUGACUCAAAAACUUCAGUAAAAUAAUGCAUUCACAUGUAGUGACUCAAAAUGACGCAAACUUAUGACCAAACUUACUCACUUUGUAAAAGUAAAUAUUUAUUUACACAUAAAAAUGGAGUUGAUUUGAACUUCACUCAAAAUAUUUAAUGAAUACUAGCUAAAUUUGCUUCUAUAACUGUGGCUACAUUAUUUUACUCGAGUCAAAAUACGCAGGGAUUUUACAGUGUUCAUGUUGACAAAUUGCCUGGUUCGCAAGCUCAGGUUGUCAUGAGUGCAAAUAAAUUCUUAUACGCGGGAACGGGUAAAGUAUGAGCUAGGAUAAUUUGCCUAUUUUUUAAUGAGAUUUAGAUCAUUUGGAAUAAAGGAUAUUUGCAUCAGCAAUUUUGCUUGCAAUGGGAUUUGGAAAUCAGUGUGUGAGAUUUAGACACAAUUGGACGGGGGAAAAUAGGAUUGAAAACAUCUUUUACCAUCCUCGUAUAUACAUGCACUGUAAAAACAAAUUGGUUAAAAUAACCAAUUUGAAUUGGACAGGUUGUCCCAGGUGCCAAAAAUUGGGUUAUUUUAAGGGUUAAACCGAUUUUUCUCAGAGGUACUGUAAUUAUCAUACCGUUAUUCAUAACACAAUAUUGGUCUAAAGAAAAUGCAUUUGAGACAACCAAUUCUGAUUGGUUAUUUUAUCCAAUCUGAGUGUUUUUACACUGUCAAAUCAGAAUUAGCAGAACCAAAUCUGCAUUGCCUGAUUUCACACUAAAGCCGGUUACAGACGAGCAAGUUUUCUAUGACAAGUUUUUAUGUGAAAAGUUUUAUUUGCUCGUCUGUACACGCUAAUUUGACAAUUUUUUCUAUGACAAGUGCACUUGUUCAACUCAUGCCAGCUUUUGAACAAGUGCACAUGUCAACAAAUUUUGUUCGUCUGUAUGGGUCAACAAAGAAAACUUGUCAAAGUAAUCUGAGCAUUUGAUGUGAUUGGCCAGCGUUCGCGUUGUCCACUGUACUAUUACAUUGCUGGCUACUAAUAAAUUGUCAAAGUAUAAACUUGUUGAGACGUUCACACCAGUAAAUAAAACUUGUCAUAUAAAAUUUGUUGCAUAUGCACACGUGCACUUUGCAAAUAAAACUUGUCACAUAAAAACUUGUCAUAGAAAACUUGCUCGUCUGUAACCGGCUUAAGUAUAGGCCUAUAUAAUUAUAUGUUUUAUCAAAAACAUUUCAGACAAAUUUCACAUGUGAAAAUGCCUCACGUGCGAAGUGUUCCAAUUCCAUGCACAUGCACUAUAAAAAGGUCACAUCUGAAAACUCUAAAUUUCACAUCGGAAAUGACGAUUUUCACAUCUGAAGUUCCCAGCAUGAGCUCCACCUUUGAAUUUACUAUAUGAGUAAAUUCUUAAACACAUCCGAAUUUAUCAUUAUGAUAAAUUCGCGGUAAAUUUUGAUUUUAUCAUAAUAAUAAAUUCGCGGCACCUAACACUAACCCUAACCCUAACACCAACCCCAACCCGAACCACUAACCCAUAACCCCUAACCCCUAACCACUAACCCCUAACCCUAACUUUUUUAACUUUUUAAAUUUUUUUUGCUUUUUAAACUUUUUUAAAAUCUAACUUUUUAAACUUUUCUUGCUUUUCAAAACUCUUUUAAAACUUUUUAAAACUUAUUUAAAAAUUAUUUUUUUAAAAAACUUGAAAAACUCCCCACCCCCCGCGCGACCAACUUCCCUUUUAGUGCCAUUACAUUUAUAACAAGAAAUCUUGUCUAAUGCUUGUGGUUUUAUGAUUAACUCUAUUGAUCAAUUCAAAAUGUGCCGCGAAUUUAGCAUAAUGAUAAAUUCGGACGUGUUUAAGAAUUUACUCAUAUAGUAAAUUCAAAGGAGGAGCUCAUGUUGGAAGUUCCAAUUCCACAUAAAAUUUUACAUGUGAGAUGAUGUGUGGAUUUUCCUUGCGGGUUAUUUCACACAGAAAAGAUCAUUAAAACUGAUAAACCAACCCCACUAUGACAUCCCAAUCUCCAACUUCUCCAUUGUGUUUAGGAUUCAGCUGUUUAUAAAGCCUUCACAUACUACAAAUCUUGUAUGAAUGAGAAUUAUAUUAAAAAUGAUGGGGUUAAACCAAUUCUUGACGCGAUCGAGAAACAUGGCUCCUGGAAUAUCACCAACAAGGACUGGAAUGGAGAUUCUUGGAAAUUAGAAAAAAUUCUUGCCAGGGCAUUGGUUGAUCUUAACACUCCAGCUUUUCUAUCUUGGGGUAUAUCACGAAGUCUUUUUGACACAUCUAAAAAGUUUGUCACGGUAGGUUGAAGAAUGGACUUUUCCAAGGUAUAGCUUUUCUUAUCCUGUCUUGAAAAGUUUAUUUUCUGAAUUGUGUCGUCCCUAUCGUCCUGGCUAAUUUAACCAGGAUUCAUGCAUGAUUAAUUUAACCAGCUAUAGGCCAUAUGGUUGAAUUAGCCAGACUAGAUUAGGUGGAUUAUUAACCAGGCAUUCUGGGUUAUAGAUAUAGAUAGUUUGGGUAAGCUAGUCUAGCUGGAGCAUUAAAUUUAGGUUAACGAGGAAAUUUUGACCAGAGUACGUGCAUGGUUUGGAGUAUUAAAAAGCUUGCAAACUUGCAAAUUAUUGUAUGUUCCGACUCGGCACAAUAUUAGAAGCUCAAAAUUAAGGUAGGAGAGUGUGGGGCUUUACAGGGAAUUUAUUAUAAGGGGAAUGCAAAAUUUUUAUUAGGGAAAGGUAAUCUCAGCUAGGUAUGUUUACAAGAUCAGGCUUUUUGAUUGAAGUUGGCCUGCAACCCAACAGUUGAAGCGCGCAUUUAGAAAGUAAAAUUUUUCAAAGACUAUGGCGUAGCGUCGGUCCAUGGCUUAACCCUAACUUACUUCUGCUGCCGUUGUUGUUGUAAAAUAUUGGUCAAUGUUGCAUGAUUAGAGCUAACCACUUCACUUUAAAGGCAUGCCAGAGUCAGGCAAUUUAAUUGGUACUUUUAACUUGGGGGUGAGGUGGGAGAGGGGGGUGUACUGAAUUCAGCUGUUAAAGUGCAAAACUAAUUUAACCGUCCGUUAAAAUACCAAAUUGUGGUGUUAUUAAACAACGAAAUUGGUUGACACUUAAUGUAUUGUUUUAAUGUUCUGUUUCUUGAAUACCAGAUCGGUGGGGGAAUUUCUGCUUAUGACAGACGACUAGAUAGGAAACGAUUUCGUUCGAGAUUCCCGCAAGAUUACUUAGAAGAUGAGGUAGGUUCAUGUUUGAAGUGCUAAUCUUUUAAAGUAAAUAUGAUGAAGUGCUAGUAUGGAAUCCGAUGCGGUUUUUUCUUUUUAACUUAGUCGCAAGUGAGAAGAGUGUUUGGAGUUUGGGUCUAGAAAACACCGCAGGUUUCCUCAAAACGAAGGCCGAAUAGCGUUUUUAAGAUUUCUAAAUUUGUCCGUUGGUUGAUUGAUAAUAAACCUGAUUAAACUGUUGUAUUGUUAAAGUUCUAGUAUGUAGUUCUAUAGCUUUUCAAGCAUUUUAUAACUACGCUCUUCGUCGAACCCAUAUCAAUGUUAUGAUUUCAUAGGUGCAAGCAAAUGCAUGGCUUUAACUGCUUUCGAUACGUUAACUUACAGUCAAUUCCGUGUGUGCAUAUCGGGUUUCGCUGCAGGUCCUCCAACUCCUUGAAAAUUGCUUAAAUUAAAAAAGGAAUUUCAAGGGCACUUUGAGUUAUUAAUAAAAAAUCCUUGGAAACAAAGAAAAGUGCUUGAAAAUACUUAGUGCCUGAAAAUCAUCCGAAAUACUAUUUAAGAAGUAAGUUGUACAGUAUUUUUGAAGUAAAUUGUACAGUAUUUACUAAUAUUCCUUUGUACUGUACUGCCAUGCAUCGUUCGGAUCCAAAAUAUCCAUGCAGGAUGAAGUACUAACCUGAUCCUCGCUUAAAUGAAUGCGCUUUAACCUAGGUAUAUAUAACACGGUCUAUACAUCAACUGCUACGUUAUAUGAAUAUGGUUAUAGGUAUAGCGGCCCGCCGUAUUUGUGUUUGAAUAUUUUCUCGCGUACUCGAAAAUCAGUCGUUUCAAAUACAUCACAAAGUUUCAAUGGGACGUUUUGUCGCAUGUAGCUACAACUGAGAAUUUUAUAGUGACUAGCUUAUCAGUCUGUGUUUACAGGAUCCUGAUACCUAUGACGACUACAAGAUUUUGAUGUCAACUAUAUUCAAACUGCUUGGUUCUAAUUCUAACUCGACCAUUGACGAAGAAGUGAAUCGUAUUGUUGAUUUGGAAAAAGAAUUUAAGAAAGUAUGCAUUAUUAAUUUGUUUGCAGUCAAAAUACAAGAAACUUGAGUUCCCAUUUCCGCUUGUGGAGUCUGUUGACUGUUGACAUUUACUGUGUAUUGUUCUGUAUUGCUUCAGAGGUUUCCAAAUUAUGGAGAAACACUGUCGUAAUAUUAGUUUUGUUGGUGUUUGUAAUAAUUGUAAACAAAGGAUGCAUUUUUAGUACGGUGCACUGAAUGCUUAAAUUUGAAUUUGAAUUUAUUAAAUUCAGUAUAUAAAUUAUUACAAAAUAACAAUUUUAUACUAGGCAGAGUAACAAUAGGACACGAAGUCCCUUACAAGAUUAACUGCCUCGUAUUAGUCCCUUACAAGGUUAACUCGCCGUAUUUCAACAUAAUGGUUUACACAGAAAAUGUUGAAACUCUAAAGACGUAUUUUGGAUAACUGCUUGGCUGUUUUACCAAUAGACAUUUCUUAUAACGACGUCAAACGCGGGAAACCAAUUUAUGCUAUAUAUUUCACAGGACCAUGUAAGUGGUUGGCAAGCUAACAAAUUUAAAUUGUCCCUUUUCCACAUUUGACUGAAAAUCUCUACAUUGCUUAGAAUACUCGAUACUUUCAAUGGACCAUUUGCAUUAUAGACUAAAUUUUGAUCUAGACAAAAAUUUCAUCACAGCUUGAAAGAGCAUCACAAAAUUAGUAAUAUUCCAAAGUUUCGUUGCGAAAUGUUGUAAAAUGCGGAUAAUGUGGCAAAAUGGCUCAAAAACGGCUAUAUUAUCCGCAUUUUACAACAUUUUGCAACGAAACUUUGGAAUAUUACUAAUUUUGUGAUGCUCUUUCAAGCUGUAAUGAAAUUUUUGUCUAGAUCAAAAUUUAGUCUAUAAUGCAAAUGGUCCAUUAGCAAAACAGCCUAUAUAGGGCCUAGCAGUUAUCCGAAGUACGUCUUUAUACUGUGGUUUUCAACUUUUAAUAGAUUUAAUAAAAUAGGAGAACUGAACGUAACAAUUUGAAAUACAAAAUGACAGAGCCGUGCUAAGUUUAGCUGUUGUGGUGUGCUAAGUUUGGCACAUGCAACAAAUCAAAUAAAGGCCUACUCUGGGGGCCAAGGUCGCCUAAUGUCGCAUAAUUUCACCUAAUGUCGCCUAAUUUCACCUAAUGUCGCCCACGUGCACCCAAUUUUUGAGCUUUGCCUAACAAUAAUUUGAUAGCUAAAUUAUAUUUUGAUGUCGCCUAAUGUCGCACAUAAUAACGGCGACCUUGGUCCCCAAUAAUUACGGGAACUACUCAGUAUUUUAAGAAAAUAUUAGUUACUGUUAUUUUGUAUUGGUCCCCAAAGUAGGCGUAAAUAACUCUUGGUAUGACUAGUAAAAGCUCUUGAUGUCCUUUAAAUUGUACAAGUUUUCUCAACGCAUCAUCGGACUCCAUCGCUUCUGUUACCAGUGUCCGUUUUAUACAAUCACAAACAAUGAAAAAUUAUGUUCGGGACUGUGCGAAAGGUGGACAUUUUAAUAUUUAAAAUUUUCUUUAUAAAUUUUGGGGACUUUACCAAAUGACCGCUUAAUAAAGGGUGAUCGCUCAAUGCGGUAACGCUUAAUACAGGUUCGACUGUAACUGAUACACAUUACAAAGAAUAUAACUUUUAUCCAUUUACAGGUUAAGGGGCAUUCUACCGGUAUAGAUGAACUUAAAAAGAACAUCAAAUUUAUGACGGUUUCUGAGUUGAACAAGUUCACAUCGUAUAAGGUAAGAUUUACAAUGUUUUGUUACUUUCAUGCUUUUAUAACACAACCUUAUUGUUUUAUGCAUAGUCUAUCAAGAUAUGAUGGUCCAGAAACUAAACCGAGUCAUUGUGUUAUGCUUUUGUCUGAAUUUAUGUCAAUCAGUUGUGUGUGCUCUUUUCGUAUAAUGAAGUAAUCGUCCAAUAGGGAUAGAUGAGAUGAAAUGUGCAACGACGAUGACUAGUACUUAAUGAAAUUGACACAAAGGAUUUGUGCACGGCGAGGUAACAGUUGAACAUCAAACAAAGGCCUUCUAUUUUGUAGCUUUGAAAUUUGCUGGUUUCAGACCAUCGUAUCUUAACAGACUAUAUUUUAUGAUAGUAUAGCAUGACAUAGUAUCACGCAUACCAUAUACACAUUACCAUAUAUUACCAUUAUACUAUAAUUCCAUACUAUAGUAUUCCAUUUUCAGCAAUACCAUACUAUACCAUAAUGUAACAUACCAUACCAUACUUUGUCAUGACAUACCAUACCUUAUCAUGGCAUACCAUAUCAUAUCACAUUAUCCCAUAGCUCAGUUUUCGUAUCAUCAUACCAUCAUACCAUCAUACCAUACCAUACCAUACCAUACCAUACCAUACCAUACCAUACCAUACCAUACCAUACCAUACCAUACCAUACCAUACCAUACCAAACCAUACCAUACCAUACCAUACCUUACCUUACCUUACCUUACCUUACCUUACCUUACCUUACCUUACCUUACCUUACCUUACCUUACCUUACCUUACCUUACCUUACCUUACCUUACCUUACCUUACCUUACCUUACCUUACCAUGCCUUACACUAUAAUUUCUACUUUUUCAGUUUGACUGGAGCUUGUAUUUUGAGGAAAUACUUAGUGGCACGUUUGAAACAAUUCCAUCAUACAAAACGUUGAUGAUAAUAUAUCCCGACAAUAUCAAGAAGAUUGUUGACUGGCUUCACGAUAAACCCAAGAGGUAGGCCAUAAUCAUGUGCGUUUAGAAUUAUAUAAAACUCCGCUAUCGACUUCUUAUAAUCUUCACCUUGAAAUGGGACAAUAUUUUGACUUAGGUUGUCCGCCAUCUUGGAUUAGUUUUGUCCUAAUUAAACGGUAGUAUGGUGACGUUCAAAACAGAAUUAACCGUAUGAAACAACUCCUAUAGGUGACCAAACAAAAAGGAUGUGUGUCCCCUCAAUGAAUGACCGUGCAAAUAUGUAGUUUUAUUGAGUUUAUUGAGUUUCUUACUUAUUGGUGAGCGGAUUUUCCAACAGGCUAUUGCCAAAUUCAUAGGAGAUCCGAGGUACCUAAAAAUUUUAAAAUUUAAAUAGAAUUUAGAAAAAAAAUUAAACGGUAUGACAUUAUGCCACUGGUGAAGAUAUCGCAACACAAAUGGAUUCCUACAAUAUACUCCUAUACUAUAAAAAGCUAUUGAAUUCGGUUUUCACAUGAUUUGAAGAAUUCUCAAGAUUUUGCCUCGUGUAACAUGGCCUGACGUAGCGAUUGUGUAGACGUAGAUCGUGUUUCGUGACGACUUCAUAUAUAGGCUUUACAGUUUAUUGCACUUUAAUGACCUCAUUUUGAUGCUUAACUGUUUUAGCAUGGCAGACGCACAUGAAGGUUACUUCCCGGUGCUUCACAAAUAUAUUUAUCGUUGUACAAAUCUUUAAUAGUUUGUUGUUACAUUGAUAUUGUGUGUAUAUCAAUAGGAACGAAACCAAUUCGUUUAUGCUUGUGAUAUAGCACACGUUGUUUCAAAACUUGGGGAUGAGGUUGUAGAAAGUUUAAAUUAAAAGUGUAUUACGAAAUCUUCAAUUUUUAAAUUGAAGAACUUUAGAAAUUUUAUGAAAAUUCCUCUCAGGAGGCUUAAGAAACGCAAACUCCUUGAGCCAAAUAGCAAUUUUCUUGUGACGACGAUGGCACUGCAAUCUUACAAGUCUAUUUGUAAGCUGGUGAUACGUAGACUUGCUCCAAGUCUCUCUUUCAUUGUCAUAUGGUAUCGAUCCAUUAUAGUGUACAUUACAUGACGUAGUACGGAGGGGCGGAGCGAGAAAGAGAGACUUGUCAACUUGACUUGUCUUGACAGACUGGUGAAAAUCUCGGUUCAAAACUGAACCGAAAAUACAAGACUUGCUUUAAUUGUUUUCUGUUAGUGUUUAUAUAUGUAUUGAUCUAGCACAGUGUAAAUAACAUGAGUUCCAUUAUAGUAAAUAAUACAGAAAGAAAUUGAAGGAAAACAAUUAAAGAAAGUCUUGCAUUUUCGGUUCAGUUUUGAACCGAGAUUUUCCGAUGUUGACAAGUCUCUUUUUCUCACUCCGCCUCUCCGUGCUACGUCAUGUAAUGUACACUAUAGUGGAUCGAUACUAUAUGACAAUGAAAGAGAGACUUGGAGCAAGUGUAGUGUAUACGAAGCAUGAAGAAAUAACCACAUGAAAACGAGGUUAUUGGGGGCAAUAAACAGUACAGUAUAUUGGUACGGUUAGCUCGACUUGAAUUGGUUUCGGUUUCAUGGGUCCUCUUUGAAUGCAAGGGGAAAUCAUGCCAAUUUGAGCACGAACCUAAAAUAUUUCUUGUACAUUUUAGUUUAUUAGCAAACGAAAUAAUGUGGAACGUUAUUCGAGGCUUUGUCCAGACACUACCAAAGGAGUAUAGAGAAGCAGAGGAUAAAUAUAUAAAAAGUUCUUCUGGUAUAACUAUUCCAAGAUGGCGGAUAUGUAAUCUUUUGACAGACGGUCUUUUUCAAUAUGUUACAACUCUACUGUAUGUAAACAGGCACUUGUCAGAAGAUGCUAGGAACACGGUAAGAUUUGAUGUUAGUUUGCACCAUAGUUAAUAUAAGAUCAAAGGAGGGAUGAGGGUCUUCCCGAAAUUCAACGCGCGCCUCAAUGCGGCUCGUUAUUAUUCAAGAAAUGAUAUCAACGCGCCGCUCGAUUAAAAACUGUUGAAAUAUAUUGUGAUUUUUGCUGUGAAGAUCUCGUUUUCUCAAAGGUAUGUUUUGAUAACUUUUUUGUUUAGUAAUAUAAUAAAAGAAUUUUGGAAUAAAUUUGUAUAUAUAUCGCGUUUUACUUAUGUUAAAUCCCCAUUGUAUUUAUGCAUGUUUCGGGUCAGUGAACACACGUGGUGAACAUGACCUUCAAAGUGGCAUUGAAAUAUUCAUGAGUAAAUUGUACUAAAAUAACUAAAAUAGAAUCACAUCAGUAAAUUCAGGAAUGUUUACUCUUUAUAGUGAUACUUUAAAACAUGAAUUUACUCCACAAAACCGAAGAGUUAUUGCUGUUUGAGAAUGAGCUAUUUUCGCUAUUACAGAAUUAUAAUAUUAUAGCAAAAAUAGCUCAUUUUCAAACCGCGAUAACUCUUCGGUUUUGUGGAGUAAAUUCAUGUGUUAAAGUAUCGUUAUAUAAAGAAAGUCUACGACCUGUACAUGAGUUUGUAUGCGCUUCAUUUAGGACGUGUAAUCUCAACCGUUUUAGGAUAAAAUGACCAUGGUGGUCAACAUGGCAUAUGUGCCAAAAUUUGAAUCCAGGACGAAAGUCCUGAAAAUGACCCAGUCCUGAAAAUGACCCGGCGCUGAAACGGCAUUGUCGACAUAGCUCUAACUUAAAAGCAAUAGCCUUUCUGAAGUGCUUAUAGUGUUCAGAAGGGUUGGUUUCUAAGUAUAAUAUUUUACAAGAAAAUGACCAUGCACCACCCCAGGUAAAUUGCUAUUAUGCACAAAAUAACUAAUUUGCCUGGCAGAAAUGAAAUUUUCUUAUUUCCUAAAAAAAUUUAUCAUGGGGUAAAAAACUAUGCUCAAUUUAACAUAAUCAUUGCGGAUUUCAUAAGGAUUGUCAUUAUUUCCAUUAAAUAUAAUACAUUUUAUUUCACUUACCCCCCACGAAAACACGAUUUCAGCCAUAUUUUGCCGUCUUGUUUGCUUUUUAUCGCCGAAUCUGGCAAAUAUCAUCCAGUUGUUGCACUUUUCCAUUAUCAUAAAUGGCUGAAGAAGAUUUCAAAGAAGGUUUCAUCAAGUUUGGAAACAGUGCACUGUAUUUUAUCGUCGAUAUUGUGUGCUUCGAUAUUUCGUGAAAUAUGGCGCCAGUGUAAUGGCCCGCCGCUUCUCUGCCCGAUAAAUGCCACUUCUUCGUCUUCCUAUGUAUUUAGAUUACAGUAUCCAGAAGUAAUUCAUUGCUGAAUAGUCCCAAUCGAAAAAUUGAAAACAUUAGUUGUACUUGAAAGGAGAAAACCUCCCAAUACACUUGUCUUGUCAGAAUUCAAAAGAAGUAAUUUAAAAGUCACGCGCAAGCUCGUGAAAAUUCCGUGAAAAAUAUUUUCACGAAACGUUUGUUCGCCACCGCAGCAACCUAACUAAAUACACUAUAUUUAUUGAAUGUUUAUGAUUGAUGAUAAAAAUACGCAAAUAUUUAUUGUUUUUAUCAUCAAUCAUGAAAAUACAAUAAAUAUAGUGUGUUUAGUUAGGUUGCUGUGGUAGCCCAUGAGGAGUUUUCACGAACUUGCGCGUGACUUUUAAAUUACUUCUUUUGAAUUCUUACAGGACAACUAUUAUGGGAGGUUUUCUCCUUUCAAGUACAACUAAUGUUUUCAAUUUUUCGAUUGGGACUAUUCUACAAUGAAUUACUUCUGGAUACUGUAAUCUAAAUGCAUCGGAAGACGAAGAAGUGGCAUUUAUCGGGCAGAAAAGCGGCGAGCCAUUGCAAUGGCCCCAUAUUUCACGAAAUAUCGAAGGACACAAUAUUGAAGAUAAAAUACACUGCACUGUUUCCAAACUUGAUGAAACCUUCUUUGAAAUCUUCUUCAGCCAUUUAUGAUUAUGUAAAAGUACAACAACUGGAUGAUAUUUGCCAGAUUCGAUAAAUGCAAGACGGCAAAAUAUGGCUGAAAUCGUGUUUUCGUGGGGGUAAGUGAAAUAAAAUGUAUUAUAUUUAUUGAAAAUAAUGACAAUCCUUAUGAAAUCCGCAAUAAUUAUGUUAAAUUGAGCAUAGUUUUUUACCCCAUGAUAAUUUUUUUCAGGAAAUAAGAAAAUGCUGCCAGGCGUAUUAGUUAUUUUGUGCAUAAUUAGCAAUUUACCUGGGGUGGUGCAUGGUCAUUUUCUUGUAAAAUAUUAUAGUUAGACAAAGUUUUCCUUCCAAUGACCACCCCUAAAACCAACCCUUUUGAACACUAUAAGUACUUCAGAAAGGCUAUUGCUUUUCCUUUUCGGAAGUUAGAGCUAUGUCGACACGGCCGUUUCUGGGUGGGUUGAUUUUCAGGACUUUCGUCCCGGAUUCAGUUUUUGGCACAUAUGCCAUGUUGACCGCCAUGGUCAUUUUACCCUAAAACAGUUGAGAUUACCUGUCCUAAAUGAAACGCAUACAAACUUAUAUACAGGACCUAGACUAAGAGUAAACGUUCCUGAAUUCAUUGAUGUGGUUUUAGUUAAGUAUAAUCACAGAAUAAAGAUCAGUAACAGAAGGGCAACUCAGCGGUGCAACGUGUCCUCGUUUUUUUAUGCAAAAAUAUGCAGUUUACUGGCCAGAAGGCGGAGCAGCCAGCCAGUACAGCGUGUUUAUUGGCCAGAAAAUGUCAUUGACUGGCUAGGAAAAUGGCGGCCAACAUGCGUAAUGCGACAUGCGCGAGGACAAAAACUUCAAAGCUUCCGACGUAAGUUGCCCUUCUAUGUGGAUCUUUAUUCUAUGGUAUAAUUUACUCAUGAACAUUUAAAUGCCACUUUGAAGGUCCUGUUCACUGACCCGAAACAUACAUAAAUACAAUGGGAAUUUAACAUAGUAAAAUGCGAUAUAUAUAUAUACCAAAUUAUUCCAAAAUUCUUUUAUUAAAUUACUAAACAAAAAAGUUAUCAAAACGUACCUUGAGAAGACGAGAUCUUCACAGCAAAAAUCGCAAUAUAUUUCAACAGUUUUUAAUCGAGUAAAGAAUAAAUAUUCGUUGAGAAUAUGCGUUGAGAAUAUGCGUUGAGAAUAUGCGUUGAGAAUGCGCGUUGAGAAUAUUAAAUAUUUUGAAUAAUAAUGAGCCGCAUUGAGGCGCGCAUUGCAUUUCGGGAAGACCCUCAUUCCUCCUCUGACAGAAGAUAUGGUUUGGAAACUCAUUAGAAUAAAAAUAUAACUCAUUAUCUGUGUUAGCCAACGCUUGUGCUAAAGUGCAUAUAACCUGUAAGUCACGAAUCGCAAAAUUUCACAAAUUUAACGAGCCGUACAAAUUUCGUUAGGUGCUUAUCAUUAUAUUAUAAGCACACGCGUGAACUAAUUUAUACCUCUAAUAUACAAAAUCAAAAACACGACUCGUGAAUCAUGACUUGCGACAGUAUUGGACAACCAUCGCCAAAUCCACCAAUAGCAAUUUUGAAGUUACCCAAUUACUCAAGUCACGGAUAGCUAACUUUUCCAAAACAUCGCUAUUGGUUAAAUUUAAUUUUCGCUCAGUUUCUUUUGAGUUGCGAGCAGUCAAGUAGAACUGAUUUAUUCAGAUGGCCACAAUUCAAAAGAAAUCAAGCGAAAUAUCGUGACAUCCAUCCCUUAGUUGGGCAAAAAUACAAUACACACGUGACGACGAAGGACCACACUUCUGAAUAAACCUAAAUAUAAACAUAGAUAAUGAGUUGCUAUAUAACUUAUAUUGUAUGAUUUUAAUGAGUUUCCAAGCCCCAUCUCUCCUAUUUAACUUUGUUGGCAAUAAUGGCCAUUAUAACUAGACCAUUAUAGCUAAGAUCGGACGAAUUAGAAUAUGCUUAUCAAAGUAUUAUACUGUUCAAUCAUCAUUUGUGUUUCACUUAUAGCCACAUUAAAAUUGAAAAUUAUAUCAAUUUCGUUCUAGCAUAGUUUACCCAUGUGUAAAGCAAAAUAGAGAAAGGGACACCUAAGAGAAGAUAUUUUCUAAUUUGAAACGACUCAAUCGUGCAGAAACUAUAUUUGUUCUUUGAGCAACGUUUUCAUAUCCAUGCAGUGAUGAUUAAACAUUUGAAUACUUGCAUAUGCAUAUUCUAAAUUCCUCCUGCCACAGCCACUUGUUAUUUAUAGUUCAACUACAAUCUGUUUCCGGCACAGAAAGCAUCAUUUGGAUGCGCAAUAGAAACUUCGAAUUGGUCUAUUGGUGCAUGUGACCCACAUAAUGUGGUGUUGUUGGCAUUAGAAGAAAAGGAGACUUAUUGUUUGUAUAGUAACUGAGUAUCAAUGGCCUCAUUUUCUUGAAGUUUCCUCCUUAAUUUGCCACUGAAUAAAUGACAAACGACCUAAAUCCUUUCAUGCAUCAGAGCGCAUCAAAACUUGUUUGGGCAACUGCAUCUGUCACAUCAGACAAGCAAUGCAUUACGUGUCAUGCUUUACAUGCUACUACAAAAUUAAUUCUCAUCUCAUUUAAUAUUUUAUGAACAAAAAAUCAAUAUUUAAUUAAUAUUUUGAAACUACGCAAAGGAUUGCAAAAAUAUUUGACGAGUGAAAACGAACUACUCUACCAGUUGCGGGCUUAUAAAAUGUCUGUACAUGUCAUGCACCAAUGUCAUGUACAUGUUAUGCAUCAGUCAAUUACAUUUACAGUCCUUCAGGUAUAUGUAUUAGCUCCAACUCAUUUAGAGUAGAAAUAUACCAAACAAUGGUUUUUUGCUGUUAUUUUUUACUUUUUGAUCUCUUUCACAAAACAAAACUGAAAACAGGGUCAUACAGUACAUAGGCAUGUCCUUUAAGCUCAGAUUACACGUAUAAUAUAGUAGCUACAAUAAUUCGACUUAUGUAUUGAUUUAACAACUUGUUUUUAGGCAGAAGAAAUGUUUAAAGAGAUAAAAAGUCAGUUUAUUGAUGGUUUGGAAGAACAAACAUGGAUGGAUUAUGCAACCCGCGCUCAGGCUCGUCUUAAGGUUAGUAGUAAUGUGGCAAAAUGUAGUCUUGGCUGCAGCUCAUGCUUUUAUAAUCAAUUUGAACAAUUCAGCAUUUCUUGUGGACAGCACCUAAACUGUUAUGGAAUACUGGUAAAAACUAAAAGAAAUGAAAGAUGAGACGAUUUUAAACAAAAUUGAAAAGUUAAAUGUAUAAUGUCACCCUUACUCCUAAGAAAGGAAUGAAGAAGAUAGUCGUGUUUAUUUUUCAUAUAACCGUGUUUUUCUUUUUACACAGUUGCAGAAAAUGACAGAUUUGAUUGGUUUUCCAACGGUAAUUAAGAAGCCUGGGAUACUGGACCGGGUUUAUGAUGAU